AUGUCGCCGUCAGCAACGUCGGGAGGAGGGCAAAGCAACUCACCUCCAAUAUGUGGUCACGUGUCGGCCAUCCAUCCGCCUGUGGAACUUGGCCGACGUGCCGGGCACAAGCGAUAUCAGAGACUCCGGUAUCAGCGCAUCCGCGAACUUGAAAUUUUCAACUCCCCCAUCCCUUAUCGCACAAUCACGAUAAAGAUCAGGAGGACUCCCACCACCGCCCAACACACCGAACUCUUGCACUUCAUGGCGACCAUGGCUAACAACGAUCGCGAACCCUUACAGCCCACCUGCCAGAAUUGCACCACGUCCACGACGCCUCUCUGGCGACGCGAUGAGAUCGGCUCCGUGCUGUGCAAUGCCUGUGGUCUCUUUCUCAAGCUCCACGGCCGUCCGCGCCCGAUAAGCCUAAAGACAGAUGUUAUCAAGAGUCGCAAUCGGACGGUCUUCGAUGUCAAUGGCGUCGAGCAGACGCGAUCGCAAGCAGGAACACCACCACCAGGCACCCUCGGGCAUCGUCGAACCUCUCAAAAGUCUGCAAAUGGGCAUUCCGAUGGCUCGAACUCUCCUAUCUCUCGAACUGCGACGCCCUCAAUGUUUGGCACCCAUCUGCCGCCCUUCAACGGCCACCCUCUUGACGAGCACUACAAUCACCAUUCACCCUCGCUCGCCCCGAUGCACCUCCGCCAACCAUCGCCAGGUCGCUCUACCUCCCCACUGAACGGAUCACAGGGUCUCGAGGUCCCCCAGACAUACGAGCAGCUUAUCGCACAUAACUCUGCUCUCAAGACACGGGUGAGCGAGCUCGAGGUUAUCAAUGGGCUGUUCAAGGGAAGGGUCGCACAGCUGGAGCAGGAUGAAGGGAAUGCCAGGCGAGGCGAGGAGAUGCAUAGAGAAUCCGAGGCGACCCUCCUGCAACGACUUGAGGAAUCCCAGCGUCGCGAGAACCAGCUUAAGCAUCGCCUAGAUGACGUUGAGCGUGAGCUGGCCGACCUACGUGAUGGAGCGCCGCGUGCCAAGAAGAUGCGCGUGUCGGAUGUUGUAGAUGGCAGCGAGUCCUCGACCCCCCAAUCCGUCACGUAG